AUGCCACUCCUAUACCCAGGAGUUUUAGAUUCCAGCAAUCAGCAAAUCCGACUUCUCUCGCUUCAAAGCACCGACUCAAACCUCAAGUGGAACCUGCAUACUGUGGUUCUCGAUAAAAAUUUACACUUGGGAGCCUUGUCCUACGUUUGGGGCGACAAAUAUAUCACCACACAUAUAGACGUCAACGACACUCUCGUCUCAGUAACUACCAACCUAGCUGCUGCCUUAAAGCACGUUCAACGGUACUGGGCGUACGAAUUUCCCACCCGAGAUCCAUCUUCCUUCAGAAUCUGGGCUGACGCGCUAUGUAUCGACCAAUCAAACAUCCAAGAGCGCAGCUCACAAGUCCUCCUCAUGCCGAAGAUCUACACCUCAGCCAGUCUCGUCCUGGGCUGGCUCGGCGCCCAAGGCGAAAACAACUUCGAACUUAUGCAAGCCGCUCUCGCCGUUAAGGUUCUCAGCGAUGCAUUCCGAAGCCGACAAUGGGACCGCGACAAACUGAGUAUUGAUUUGUCAUGGGCUAUCUAA